UUCGUCGUUUUCAUUUACCUCGCGCAGGGGGCGUAGGUUAGGUAUUCUUCGGUUCUAUCGGCGUUACACUCUUUUUACUAGCCUGGAAACAUAACGGGUCCAAGAUGCUGGCAAAUGGUGGAAAAAUCCUCAAGGCCGGAGGCGCAGAGCCUGAUGAGUUUGAAAAGAGUAUCGCUCAAGCUCUUAUGGAGUUGGAAGCCAACUCUGAUUUAAAAACUCAAUUGAGAGAGCUUUACAUUACCAAAGCUCGUGAGCUCGAUCUUGGCACCAAGAAGAGCAUCAUUAUCUAUGUGCCAGUUCCCAAACUGAAACAGUUCCAGAAGAUCCAAACUCGCCUCGUGCGUGAAUUGGAAAAGAAAUUCAGCAACAGACAUGUAAUGUUUGUUGGUGAGCGUAGAAUCCUCCCUAAACAGACCAGGAAAACAAGGAGCCAAAACAAGCAGAAGCGCCCAAGAAGUCGUACCCUCACAGCUGUCUAUGAUGCUCUGUUGGAAGACUUAGUCUACCCAGUAGAGAUUGUCGGCAAAAGGACCCGUGUUAAGCUUGAUGGCUCACAACUCAUCAAAGUUCAUUUGGACAAAAAUGAACAAACCAACAUUGACCAUAAGGUUGACACAUUUGCAGCUGUGUAUAAGAAACUCACUGGCCGCAAUGUAACCUUUGAGUUCCCAGAAUCAUACGCUUAAGUAAAUUAUCAAUAAAAAUAAAUUAUUGAAUAAAUAUUUUUUAUUUUUACAAGA